AUGACUACUUCGAAUGAUACUUCGCGAACUCAGAUUGACCCGAACGAGAAUCCAUAUCAUGUCAAUAACAACGAUCAUGCUGGAUUGAUUUUGGUAUCUGAUAGGUUAACCAAUGCUGCAGAUUUUCACUCUUGGAAACGAUCUGUGAUGAUGGGUUUAAAUAUUCGAAAUAAACUUGGAUUUGUAGAUGGAUCUAUUCCGAAACCAGCUGAGAAUCAUCGAGAUUAUGGAGCUUGGACUCGGUGUAAUGACAUUGUUUCGACUUGGUUGAUGAACUCGGUUUCCAAGAAGAUUGGUCAAAGCUUGCUUUUCAUUCCUACAGCUGAAGGUAUUUGGAAAAACAUUUUAGCUAGGUAUAAACAGGAUGAUGCUCCUAGGAUUUUUGCUAUAGAACAGAGAUUGAGCAAGAUUGAACAGGGCUCUAUGGAUAUUUCCACUUAUUAUACUGAGUUGUUAACAUUGUGGGAGGAGUAUAAGAAUUAUGUGGAACUUCCUGUCUGCACUUGUGGUCACUGUGAAUGUGAUGCUGCUGUUAAGUGGGAGAAUCUUCAGUAG